AUGAUUUUGCAUUUGUCUUCAAAUUUUCUUCUUGUGCUUACUUUUACACUUGUGGCACAGCCACUCGUACUGGGUUUCUCUGUGGGUAGAAGUACAACGGACAUGCGUCCAAAACGAUGGUCACUUACGGAGAUUCACCGAUGCGGUCCAAUUAAAGGCUACAGUUGUCAGAAUAGCAAGACGUGCCAAGAACGAUAUCAACGUGAAGAUAUGCUGUGCUUCGAAGUGUAUCCCUGUUUGAGUUCAUGUAUUUUUGCUGCCCAGCUGCUGGACCUCAGUCGGUUCAGGUCGCAAGUGGAGAAGCUGAUGUUUGAAGGUAUUCCAGUGAAUACCCACGAAGAUCCGAUUAACUACGUUCGAAAUCUGACAAGAAUACUAAAGAGGGAAGACGGGGAGGAUUCGUCAUUCUGAUAUUAUUUCUACAUGCAAUUUUUGGACUCCCACAAUAACACAACAAAG